AAAAAUAGCCCCGCCAGAAGCUUCCUAAGUGGGUGAAAGGCUGAAUGCUGGUGUUGCUGUCCCUAUUGCCGAACUUUUGUUUCUAGAAUGACCACAAUCCACUAAAAGUCUGUUACUACAGUUACUUGCAAAUUUUCAAUAAUAGCGCUAUGCUCUUCAGCUGGCUAGUCACUUCCAUUACCAGCCUUAGGGUGAAGGUGUAACAAGAGAUGGAAGCUUUUCCAGACCAGUUCAUGGAAUUCCACCCUAUCCAUGGGACGAAUGUGCAGCUGGACUCCUCAGGGACCCAGGCAACGCGGGUGGAGAGCUUUGCCAAUGGAGUGUGCUUUAGCAAACAACCCUUAAAACCCGGAGAGAUUUUCCUCAUCGAGAUUGAGGACAAGGAGCUAGGCUGGUGCGGCCACCUCCGGAUCGGUCUGACCGCCAGGGACCCUAGAGACUUGGAGGUGGUCCCUGAAUACUCAAUCCCAGACCUGACAGACCUGGGUGACAGCUGGGUGUUCGCCAUUACUCGUAACCACAACAAGGUCACGGAGGAAGUGGAUCCAGGAGAAGGUGGCCAAGACCUUAGAGAGGGACUAGCUGGGGGUCAGAGACCCGGACGAGAGGAGGCUGAAAACAACAACGACGACAACAGCAAACCAAAGACUUUUUUCACAGACUCUCAUUUGCACAUUGAGAAUGUUUGGAUCCCCAGAGACAAGCUUGUUGGCCGCAGCCGGCCUGGACGCUUCAGCCACAUUCUGGACGACUUGUACAAGACCAACACUUUGCCGCCUACAGCCAGACGCAGCCGGAUAGGAGUUCUGUAUGUACCGAAAGGCCCUGAUCUAGGUGACAUGCAUAUCGUCAUCAAUGGGGAGGACAUGGGUGCUUCUGCAAGAGGCAUCCCCACCAUAGAGCCUGUUUAUGCUGUAGUGGAUGUAUUUGCUGCUACUAAGUGUGUCAGGAUUGUGCAGGUGGAGUAUGGAUUCUCCUCCUUGCAGACACUGUGCAGGAAGUCCAUCCAGAAGCACAUUGUCCACAGAAUGGCAAUUGACUGGCUGGAGCUACCAGAGGCACUGAAGCACCUCUGCAAGUACGAGUGAGAACUUGAACAUCCUUAACAGGCGGAGACAUCGAAGAACUUUCUGACUUGCGAGAACAGAAUAAAGUGAAAUGGGAUUGUUUAGAUAUUGUCACCAUGGUGAAGAGGUGAUUAAUUAAUAAUUGUGUUUAAUUAGGAUACUCAACCACAUAAUAAGAGACCACACACUAAACACAAUUUUGUAAACAAUGCGUUCCAAGAUAAUACCAGGUGGCAGAAAAGUGAUAACCUGAACUGAAACAAUGACAAAACGUGUUGUGUUUGGUGUUGCGCCGCCAGAUAUACCCUCAAAUGUUUUGUUCUUUUCAAGUUCCUUCAAAAAAAUCUAAAGUAGUCCAGCCUGUUGUGAGAAGGAUAAAUCAAGUAAAUAGGGUGGAGUAUCCACUUCAAAAUGGACCUACCAACCAAACCUCCACCAUCGGGGUUGUGCAAGUCGUUUCUAUCUAUAAAUAUCUUUAAAUAGUUGGUCAGGUUGUCUUUUGAGUAAUUGGUCAAACAUGAUUGCUAGCCUGCUAGCUAAGGUCAACUAUAUUGGGCAUGAUCCAGUUCUCCGACAAAAGAGAAAAUCUGUGUUAUUAAUCUGAAAAACAGAACAGGUGAUGAAAAGGUCUAUAUGGAAAUAUAGCCUUCUGUAGUUUGGUUCCCUUUCCAGCUACAACAGCUUCCACUUUCUACAAGAUUUGUGUCUGAAGAACAUUUGUCUGUUCAUCCAUUACUCAUCAAUCAUGACUCAUCCUAGACCAUCUCUGUUCCAGUUCAUACCUUCACACAGUUCCACGUCUGCCAUGCCAAACUCAUCCAACCAUGCCUUUAUUGACCUUGCUUUGCGCAUUGUAUGGCACAGUUGGACACGGAAUUGUCCAAAAGGUCUUGGUAAGCGAGAAAUGAAGAUUCAGGGGGAACUAAGCGCCCCACAUUGAAGACUGAAUCAAUCCAAGUUGUGUCUGAAAGACAUUAUAUAUGGUGUGGCUUCUAUAGUGUGCUCAGGUCACACCCAUUCACCAAAGUUGCCUAAUAAAAGAACAUUUUGCCUC